AUGUUCAAGCGUUUGUUGCAGGAUCUUGUCGAAUAUUUGGAAGAGCACGGUACAAUUAAAGGUUAUCCAAAUGCACAAGCAGCUGAAAAUGUUGCAUUCAAAGAUUGUGAUAUUCUUGUGCUUGCAGCAAUAGAGAAGUGUAUUACGUGUAAAAAUGCCAAUGAAAUUAGAGCUAAGAUUGUAGCUGAGGGUGCUAAUGGGCCAGUUACACCAGCUGCAGACAAAAUAUUACAAGACCGCAAAAUUUUAGUUCUUCCAGACAUAUUUUGCAGCGCUGGUGGUGUAACUGUAUCAUAUUUUGAAUUUCUGAAGAAUAUUAACCAUGUUUCAUUUGGGAGGCUGCAUUUUAAAUAUGAAACAGAUUCCUAUAUCAGCUUAAUGCAGUCAGUAGAGCUGUCUUUAAGAAAAUGUAAGAUUGACUGUGAGAUAAAUCCAACAGAAACAUUCAGGAAAAGACUGUGUGAACCUUCUGAGAAGGAUAUAGUUGAUGCUGGCUUGAGAUACACAAUAGAACGAGCUGGUGUUGAAACACUUCGUACAGCAAGUGAACUACAAUUGUGCUUAGACCUGAGAACAGCAGCAUACUGCAAUGCUAUUGAAAAGAUAUUCAGAACUUAUGAUAAUGCUGGGUUGGCUAUGUAAGCCCCUCAGCUACAUGUCAGUUCCUGGGUGUCACAAGGUUAGUGAGCGACUCGUAGACUUCACCGCUAUACAAUAUAUGGAUGAGUAAAUAAGAGUUGAUGUCUACGGGGUCUUUUUUAAAAGGUUUAAUAUUGAAUGAAGCCUUUUUUGCAAGACUUUUUUGUAUUUGACACACUUCAA